AUGCUUUCGUCUAUUGCUAGACUGACGCCGCCAGGCAUACAUCAUCUUCUGCAGGAUAUCAGCUUGAGAAACUGCUCACAGAUCCCUUGUUCCAAGGGCAAGCAUUCUGUGAUGGUGUCGGGGGAUGAUCAUCGAAAUUAUCGUCAAGAUGAGGAAACUCAACAAUGCAGAAUCGAAGGGCCCGAAGUCUCUGAGGAGUCUUCGCCACAACAUUCUGAGAGGACAGCCCAGGCCCAUGGCUCAACACAUCUGAGGCCGUUCCAAACAUGGGUUAAGAAAUUGCAUAAACGCUCAGAACGCCGUCAACACAGGAGAAGUUGCGAAGAAGGAGAAGCUCCAUUGACUGUUCUUCCUCCUAAUAUUGCCGCUCACCGCAGCCUUUCCUCAGAGUCAUCAUCCUGCUACGUCGACAGAGUUCACUCGGCUAGCUUAUCUGCGAGCGCUCUGAGCUUCUUUUCUAGGUCUCGCCAGAGUGCUACUCGGAUAUCAUAUGGCCAGGAGAAAAUAAAUCGAAGCAGCCGCACAUCCGGCCCUGAGGGACAGACCUCCGAAGAUAGCGUUUCUCUUGACUAUCUGGUGUCUCUCGAGCCAGCUGUCAUUAAGCGUGCCUUCCAGAGACGUCGGAUUUUGGAGGAACUCAUCAAUACCGAGGAAAGCUACAUCGGAGACGUUAAGUUCUUGAGCAGCGUCUACGUCAACUUUCUGGCCUCUUCUCCCACCGCAAAAGUUGGCCUACGAUAUUCAGUAAACCGAAACCUUGCUGAUCUUUUGGAGCUCCAUGAAGAGAUAUUGAAAGAGUUGCGUGACGUUGUUCCGCACCCCGAGACUGCAUCUGCGGCUCAGCUGCGCCCUCUGCAAUCCAUUUCAGAACCCCGGAUGGCCGCUGAGGUCUCCCGAGUGUUCCUUAAAAGAAUCGAUCGAUUUUUCAUCUAUGAAGAAUACUGUGCUAAAUACGAGCUUAUAGUCAAGGAUGUUGGCAUGGCAUCUCGGGCCUUUAGCGGUUGA